AUGCACUUCCCUUUGUUCUACGCCAUUUUUAUCGCUUCUUUGAGUUAUUUUUGCACUGCAGCGGAGGAUAAUGAAGAUUGUGCGCCGAAGAACUUUUCGGUCCAUCCGAUGUGAGUUUUACACUGGUUGAUUGAAAGCAUAGAUGUUUUCGGAAUGUGUGAUUACUCAAUUUUCAGUGAAAUCAAUGCUGCCUGCUCAGAUACUUCUUUCAAUGUGAAAUUUAAUUCCAUGGAGAACUUUUAUACCUCAUUGGACUUUGGGAUUGAUGAGAAAUGCAAGGGAGACGUAAAGUAAGCAUUGCCAAUAAAUUUCGGAUGACUCCAUAGCAGAUUUUUUCAAAAUUUCGAACUUAAAGAGGAAGCACUCCAAGUGCGACUCGGAUUUUGAUAAAAAUAGGAACAAAAUCAAGGGAAGCAACAAAAAAGUGACUUCCCUUGUAAGAUGCUUUUCUCUAGGGCAUGUGCGGACUCCUUGCUCGCGUUUUUUAGAAACGACCAAGAUUUUUAGGUCGAAAGUUUGGAAAAAAGGUGACAAUCUCUUUCGAUUUUUUUCAUGCGAAGUCUCAUGCCUCUAUUAUUUCCAUAGCAGGUAGUGUUUCCACAAAAAAUUAGUUUAUCGGCACAAAACUGGCAAAAAUAUGGUUGAAAAGUGUUCUUCUCUCCAACCGCACUCCGCAUUUUGCAUUCUCUCUCGGUGGCAAGGAGAGUUCAAUAUCUCAGCUGCAUCCGCUAAGCGGAACCUAAAACUUUCAGAAAUUUUCAUCUAGCCUAUUCCUAACGUGUGUGCAAAAUUUGAGGAAAAUCUGAGCGUCGCAGUAAAUUUAGGAGUUAGAAGUCUCUAGAUGUACCACAAAAAGCAAUUUUUUGAAAUCUGUGCGUAGUUGAUUCAAAUCAGAACUCCGCAGUCUUAGCAUCUCCUGUGACUGUACAAUGACGAGAAACAUAUCUUAUCCAUAUGUUUUUAGUUUCCAGCUUCAAUUAGACAACUGUACGAUAGCCGACAUAGCCAAGGCCGACAUUCCCGGCGGAGUUGUGCUGGUUGUAAACAAAGGUAAAUGAUAGUUCUCUUUGUCUUCAUAGUUUCUUAGAUGUGAACAACGUGAUCUCUGGAAACAAAGUGGAACUGGAAUUGAGAAAUAAAACUUUGAAGAUAAAGGGAGGAAGCAAGGGAUUCCAGCAAAAUUCAAGUUGCGUUCUGGCAGCGGCAGAUACUCAAGAAGAGCCCAAGGCAAAAAUUCGAAUGAUCAACAGCAAGAAUGGAUGCAAUGUCAAGGUUUUAUUGGUAAGAUCAAUUUGUGAUUUUUUCGGUAGUUAGAAAUUGGAAAAGAUUUGAACUUUGCCGGUCAAAUUGGUUACAGGUUAGCAGGGAAGGCGCUUGAAGUGCGUUGAUCAGAUUUGAGUUUAUUUUUUCUAUGUCAAAAGCGAGAUUUUCUAGCCCGAAAAAAGGUGAAAUCCUUGGCUUAACAGCUGGCGAAAAUUUGUAAUUUUAACGUGAGUUUAUAGAUAUGAAAAAUGACCCGUAUAUUAAGCAAAUUCUACAAAAAAAUGAAUUUUCUCCGCGCGAGAUUGGCGUGGGGAACCCCGAAACGCGUUUUAAUGGCCGCUCUCCGAAUCCCGCGCACUCUCUCAGCGGGAAAGAUGUUUGAAUAUCUCGGCUGCGCUUGCAGGAGCGAGCUACUAUUUUUAGCACUUGAUAUUUGACCUAGCCCCGAUAAUCAGGCAAAAUUUGAAGAAAAUCUGAGCAUUGCACUUAAGAAAUUUUACUGAGUAGUGAAUCUAUGUCCCAAUCUCUACUAAAUCUCAGAGAAAUAGCCUAUUUAGGACCCCGACGCCACAUACCACAUUGAAUCUUCUGAAGAGGUCAAUAAUUUGUUCGUAUUUGCCAGCAAUAAGCUGUUGAUUAUAAGCCUGAUUGCAACGUAAGUCGCUGCAUUUUAGACAUUUCAACUCGAAACAACCCAUCUUCAGAGCCACCGUUUUGAUUGGACUGUUGAUAUUCGUGGUCCUAUGGUAUAAGGACAAAUUGCCAGGUAGUUCGUCGGACUCUUCCCCAGCACAUUGCACUUAUUUCACUCGUGAUGUCUUUUCCCAACCGUGAGCAGUGUUUGUAGAAAAUUUUCGGCGCUUAUUUUGCUUGCUUUAUAAGCAGAUACACCAGCGUUUUUGCCAAUUCUCAUCUUUCGCUUUACAUGCCGUUUUUUAAAACUUUUUACAUUUUUUUAACUCAGAGUUAGUACAAAAUAUAUACUCAAUUUUGACGACUUUUCCUGGUAAAUCUCCCAGAAUAAAACCACUGUUUUCAGUGACCCGAAACCGUACUUACAACCUGAACUCCGCGUCAACUCCAGCCGGCAGCCGUCGCUAG